AUGCCAAGACGACAAAUCCCCAGAAGUCUUCGGGAAAUGUCAAUUUCCAAUAUUGCAGACAACAUGAACAAGGUUUGGUCAAGUGACUACAGAGAACAGUAUGGUUCAAAUCAACUUAGAUAUAUCAUUGGCCCAUUUGACUGUUUAGACGGUGACUCUGUUUCCAGAAUCCUAGAACGCAUUUGUGCACGAAGAAAAAUGACCAGGCUUUAUUUACAGCUAUUAAUUGUACCGAAUAUCAGUGUUCUGGACUUGAAGAUGUGCAAUUCAUUAGUGAAUGAUGCACUUAUAAAUGUCAUCAUAACAAGAUGUGUAAAACUCACUAAUCUGAACCUUGCUAAUUGCAAUAGAGUUUCCUCGCAAAAACUGGCUGCUAUUGUUCUGCAAUUUUGCAAAACUUUACAAACCCUUGAUGUGUCGCAUACAAAUUUUGAUGAUAACACAGCAAAAGUGGUUGGUCAAAACUGCAAAGUUCUUAGUGUGUUAAACAUAAGCGGUUCCUCCCGGUUGUCUCUUGCUGGAAUACAGAGUUUGUUUUGUAUUGAUUCCAAGCAAAGCAACACCAAGCUAACAAUGUUUAGCAAAACUGUCAAAAUUUUGCAUAUGUGGUAUUGUGAGGCAGAUGUAAACUUAGUGGCCAAAGUUUUAAAAUCUUGGAGUCCUCAGAUCUUACGUUUGUCAGUUGAUCAUUUCUGGAAAGCAAUAGCAAUCAUCUGUGAACAAUCUGACAGCCCAUUACCAUUGAAUUUGCAUGGUUCAAAAGAUAUGUACCUAGACACAUUAAGCUUGUUGACCAAUAAAAGUCUGCCACUUAUGUUGCAAACUGUUCAGAACCUUAAACACCUCACUCUGUUCACAACCAGCUCAACUCAUUGUGAUGAAUUAUUUUAUGUUUUAAGUAUUUUAAAGUCGCUCACAACAUUUACUGUAUAUUGGCGACUGCCUUUUCAUUUUCUAAAAUAUGUUGGUGCCUGCUGUAGUUAUAUAACGAAAUUAGACAUUCAGGUUUCAGACAUUGAAGAAUGGUCUCAACAUCACUAA